CCAGUGGUUCAUUGAUUAAUAGAGCUGUGUUGUAAACUGUGUGCGAGUUAUUGAUUCCAUAUAUUGUUCAGGUCUGAAAUAGUCUUUAGGAAAAGCAGCUUCCCCAUUUUAAUUCCAUAUACUUCUUGAUGAUUGAGUCAUGGAGAUUUUAUAAUUUUAGGAUCAGAUUUCAGUCUAAUUGGUAACAAAAAGUGAUGGGUACCAGUUAAUAAAGGAACUACUGAGGAGGGGAGUCCUUGGGGAGCAGGAUGGUGCCCCGCCCACUCUUACUUUACCUCCAGAUUCUUGUUCUAGCCAGUGGCCUAGCACAAGCCCUGGGAGUCCCUGACAACUAUCAAAGAUUCAUGGACUCCUACGGAACUUGCCAGCACACAUCAUUCUUUGAAGUCGAGGACAAUGAGUACUAUAUUCAUGCCAAGGGUAGUGGGCAGGCCUACCAGGCACUGCGGUGCUCUCUACGAUUUAGGACGUACCCAGAUCAACAACUGUGUGUGAAAUUUGAUAGUUUUAGGAUAGAGGAUUGUGCUGUUCAUUUUAAGGUGUUCCAAGAAAACCAGCCUAUAGACUUUACAAGGCAGCCAAAUGAUAAUUGUUUAUAUCGUCAUUAUGGCUGUCGAGAUUCUCCUCAGACUGUAUGCAGUACAGACCGAUUUCUGACCUUACAGCUUUAUAAAGAGAGAAUUGAUGCUGUAGAUUAUGACUUCUCUCUAACAGUCAUGCCAAAAACAAUGCAAAGUGCUAUUUCAGAUGAGAUCAUCAUGUCCCUGGGGGUGAUGGUGGGGGUGAUAGUAGGAGUGGUGGUAUUUAUAGCAAUACUAGCCAUCUUUGUCCUGUUCUGUUGCUGCAAGAAGGACAGACAUCAUGGAAGGGUGUUCAAGAAGAAAAACAGCAAGCCACGGGCAUCUGCUCAGGGGAGAUUACUUGAGCCAGGUCCAGAGCCUUCAGCCCCACCAUUGGAUCCAGACAUGGAAAUGCAUCAACACAUUGCAACAAAUUACGGACACUAUCCUAAUGAACCCCCUCCUCCUUAUGAACCCAAACCAGAGCCAGUUUAGCACACAGAUUUGUAUUGGACAUGGUGGCCAGAAAGUACACAGAGAAGUUCAAUUCAAUGAUAUUCUUAUCAAAUCAGUAGUCAUUUAGUAUGAAAAUAAUAGGAUAUGUAGCAGUAUAUUAUAUUUUUGUAUGGCUAGAAAUGGGGCAGAUAAAGGUUUUUUUCAGUGCAAAUAGUUCUGAGAAAUUGUUUAUUGAUAUUUCUUAGAAGUAAUAUAUUUAUUUAUGAGGCUUUGUUUAAAUCUGAAUCCUUGAAUGAAAGACAUCUGUGUUGCCAUAUUGUGAACACCUGAACUUCACUUGGAGAUGAAUUAUUACUGUGAGUGAAUAAUAUUUGAUAUUUUGAAGGAAAAAUGUGAUAUUGCAAUGGCUGUCCAUAAGAUGUGUGGAGGAGUAUUUAUUGGACAGUGUGUGCCAUGGGGAUUAUUUUUUAAUGGCUAUUUAUAAUAUGAAAUUUAUUUUAUAUAGUUAUAUUUCUGGGGGAAAAAAUUGUAUGUACAAGACUGAUGAUCUAUGUAUUUGAUUUCAUAAUUGAUGCUGCAAUAUUGUCAGAAAAUUGAUUUGAUCUCUAAAGAUUUGAAUCUAUAUUGAUAUGACUGAGUCAUUGAUUUUAAAACUUGAAAUAAUGUCACUAUGUGAUAAAAUGCAUAAUUUGAAUACAGGCAUUAGAUAUAUAUACUCCAUAAAUACAGAUGAAAUUUGAAAGGUGUAUAAUUUUUAAAACUAAAUUUAAAUUUCACCUUUGAACUCUUUAAAUCAGCAUUUUGGACAAACAGGCUAUUUGUUACCUCAUUAAUUAUUUAAUUUUUUCUAAACUUUUUUUUAAAAUUCUAAGUAAAUACAAUGUAGUCUUAAUUAUAUAUCCAUUUAAACAAACAGAAGACUGAAAUAUUUAAAGGUACACAUAUUUGUAUAGCUGCAAACAAAAUUAACACAAGUACAUGUAAUUUUAUUUUAUACAUAAUUUUUUUUACAAAAAGUAAAUGGGAUUGGGCAUCAGGCAAAGCCUAUUGGUUUAUUCCCACCUAGCCAACAUUUUGGCUAAGUGGGAAGACACCCCUACAACAAGGUCAAGGUAAACAGACACUUUACAGGUAUAAUACUAAUUGAACAAACAUUGUAGACAAGAAA